AUGGCACCACGAAAUGCAGCAGAAAAUAACGAUUAUGAGGGGGAUCAUCUUGGGUUAGACCAAGUGGAAGCAAUUAUUGCUGAUCCUCCCACACAGAAACGCCCUCCUAUGAAGAUUGUCUGGCGUAAUGUAGUGCUGUUUGCUGUAUUACAUCUGGCUGCAGUUUAUUCCUUGUUUCUCCUCCCACAGGCACAAUAUAAAACACUUCUGUGGAUGGCCUUCACCUACUGGCUGGCAGGCAUGGGCAUCACAGCCGGAGCACAUAGGCUGUGGUCACACAGGUCCUACAAGGCUAAAUGGCCACUGAGAGCUUUCUUAGCUUUUUGCAACUGUUUAUCUUUUCAGAACUCUAUCUUAGAAUGGUCCAGGGACCACCGGGCUCAUCACAAGUUUUCUGAGACCGAUGCUGACCCACAUAACGCCAAACGAGGAUUCUUCUUUGCUCAUGUAGGCUGGUUGUUGGUCAGAAAGCACCCUGAUGUGAAAGAGAAGGGCAAAGUCCUGGAUCUUUCUGACCUGAAAAAUGAUCCCAUAGUGAUGUUUCAAGAUACGCAUUACAAGAAGCUGGUCCUAUUGUUCUGUUUCCUCAUGCCGACCUAUGUUCCUGUGUAUUUCUGGGGAGAAAGUGCCUUUAUAGCAUUCUACGUUGCUGCCAUCCUGCGUUUCACCCUGGUACUAAAUGCUACAUGGCUAGUCAACAGUGCUGCCCACAUGUGGGGACAGAGGCCCUAUGAUGAGCACAUCAACCCGUCUGAAAACUACUACGUGGCUUUCUGCGCCACCGGCGAAGGCUUCCACAACUACCACCAUGUAUUCCCACACGACUACUCCACCAGCGAGUAUGGCUGGCACCUCAACCUCACCACAGUGUUUAUCGACACUAUGCAUUUUCUUGGGCUGGCCUAUGACCGACGCAAAAUUCCCAUGGAUGUCAUCAUGAAGAGGAAGCUCCGCACCGGAGAUGGCUCUCACCGUUAA